AUGUUGGAAGGUACGAAAAUUAAAACACCCUCGCAAGUGUCAAGUAUAUUUGAUAUAGCCAAGGACACAGUACUUUUCCUCUUGCUGUCAUGUUAUUACAUAUUAGAGUCCUUAUUUUGGACACUAGUUCCUAAUGCUUUGAGGCCUAUGAAGAGUUUGAAAGGCGACGUGGUACUGGUCACCGGAGGAGGCGGUGGCGUUGGUAGACAGCUGGCUGUCAAACUUGCUCGGAUUGGGGCAAAAGUCGUAGUUUGGGACAUUAAUGAAGAUGCUUUGAGAAAUACGUGUAGCGCAUUAAGAGAUGAAGGAUAUGAAGUGGCGAGCUAUGCUGUUGAUUUAGCUGACCGUGAUGCUGUAUAUAAGACUGCUGAAAGGGUUAAGAAAGAGAUCGGUAAGGUGGACGUUCUAAUCAAUAAUGCUGGGGUGGUCUUUGGAGAAACUCUUUUGGAGCUGAACGAUAAGGCCAUUGAAACUACAUACAAAGUCAACAUUCUAUCUCAUUACUGGACAGUAAAAGCCUUCCUCCCAGAUAUGAUUGAGACAGAAAAAGGCCACAUCGUGACUGUUGGUUCAGUUGCCGGCUUGUUAGGAACUUAUCGCUGUACAGACUACAGCGCCACCAAGUUUGCUACAGUCGGCUUUCACGAAAGUUUGUUUACGGAGUUACGGGCACACGGGCACAGCACGAUCCACGCAACUUUAGUCUGCCCCUCCUACAUAAACACAGGGAUGUUUGACGGCGUCACACCUCGUCUGGUGCCGAUGCUGGAACCUGAUUACGUAGCAGAGACGAUGAUAGACUCCAUUCGGAAGAACGAGGUCAACUGCAUUAUGCCUGGUUCAGUUAGAUAUCUACUGCCUCUUAAAUGCCUUCUCCCAUCUAAAAUGUGUUGGGAUUUGAUGCAUCGCGUGAUGAAAGGACCGCAAUCGAUGAUGGAGUUAAAGAGAAAGCCUCAAGCCGCUUAG